AUGUCUAAUCAAAUGACAGAUAGUACGAGUGCUGGAAGUGGCACUGAACAUUCCGUCGACACUAAUACCGCAUUAAAAGCCGGUAGUCCCAAUGACCUUAAGGUAUCGCAUGAAGAGGAUUUGAAUGACCUUGAAAAGACAGCCGAAGAAACCUUACAACAAAAGCCAGCAAAGGAAUACAUAUUUGUUUCAUUAUGUUGUGUUAUGGUUGCCUUUGGUGGUUUCGUUUUCGGUUGGGAUACUGGUACCAUUUCUGGUUUUGUUAACCAAACUGAUUUCCUUAGAAGAUUCGGUCAAGAAAAGGCCGAUGGUUCUCACUACUUGUCCAAUGUUAGAACUGGUUUGAUUGUUUCCAUUUUCAAUAUUGGUUGUGCCGUUGGUGGUAUUGUUUUGUCUAACAUCGGUGAUAGAUGGGGUCGUAGAAUUGGUUUGAUUACCGUUAUUAUAAUCUAUGUUAUUGGUAUCAUUAUUCAAAUUGCAUCUGUGGACAAAUGGUACCAAUAUUUCAUUGGUAGAAUUAUUUCUGGUUUAGGUGUUGGUGGUAUCACAGUUUUGUCGCCAAUGUUGAUUUCGGAAACCGCUCCUAAACAUUUAAGAGGUACUUUGGUCUCAUGUUACCAAUUGAUGAUUACUUUUGGUAUUUUCUUGGGUUACUGUACUAACUACGGUACCAAGAACUACUCUAACUCUGUCCAAUGGAGAGUUCCAUUAGGUCUAUGUUUCGCUUGGGCCAUCUUUAUGGUUCUUGGUAUGAUGUUUGUUCCAGAAUCUGCAAGAUUCUUGGUUGAAACUGAUCAAAUUGAAGAGGCCAGAAAAUCUUUGGCAAAGACCAACAAAGUUUCUAUUGACGAUCCUGUUGUGAAAUAUGAGCUCCUAAAGAUCCAAUCCAGUAUCGAAUUGGAAAAGGCUGCAGGUAACGCAUCAUGGGGUGAAUUGAUUACCGGUAAGCCAAGUAUGUUCAGACGUACUUUAAUGGGUAUUAUGAUUCAAUCUCUGCAACAAUUGACUGGUGAUAACUAUUUCUUCUAUUACGGUACCACAAUUUUCCAAUCUGUCGGUAUGGACGAUUCUUUCGAAACUUCGAUCGUCUUGGGUAUCGUGAACUUCGCUUCUACCUUCUUUGCUUUAUACACAGUUGAUCAUUUCGGUCGUCGUAACUGUCUAUUAUACGGUUGUGUUGGUAUGGUUGCAUGUUACGUUGUUUAUGCAUCUGUUGGUGUUACAAGAUUAUGGCCAGACGGUCCAGAUCAUCCUGAUAUUUCUUCCAAGGGUGCUGGUAACUGUAUGAUUGUCUUUGCGUGCUUUUAUAUCUUCUGUUUCGCUACUACUUGGGCUCCAAUCGCAUACGUGGUUAUCUCCGAAUCCUAUCCACUUAGAGUUAAGGGUAAGGCAAUGGCUAUCGCUUCCGCCUCGAACUGGAUCUGGGGUUUCCUGAUUGGGUUCUUCACACCAUUUAUUACAUCUGCUAUUCACUUCUACUACGGUUACGUCUUUAUGGGUUGUAUGGUAUUCGCCUUCUUCUACGUCUACUUCUUCGUUCCUGAAACCAAGGGUCUAACUUUGGAAGAAGUUAAUGAAAUGUACUCUGAAGGUGUCCUACCAUGGAAAUCUUCAUCAUGGGUCCCAUCUUCAAGAAGAGGUGCAGAGUACGAUGUCGAUGCUUUGCAACAUGACGACAAGCCAUGGUACAAGGCUAUGUUGUAA